UCAAAAGUUUGGUAUAUAAAGCCAAACGAGGGUAGUCCAUUAUCAGUCUUGUUAGAGAAACUGGAUAUCAAUAUAAAUGCCUAAAUACGUGUACACCUAUUUUGACGCCCGUGCUCGGGGGGAACCCGCAAGGAUGCUUUUUGCAGCGGCAGGGAUUCCCUUUGAAGACCGUCGCCUUACACAAGAAGAAUGGCCGGCUCUUAAACCAAAGACUCCUGGUGGAUCAUUACCACUUCUUGAAGUUGACGGACAACCCGUUACUCAAAGCCUGGUCAUCUUUCGUCAUCUAGCAAGAAUAUUUGGUCUAGAUGGCGAAAAUAUAUUAGACAAAGCUAGAGUGGAAGAAAUUGUUGAAUAUCUCACGGAAGUUAAAAAUGCCGGAUUUAAAAUGUUCUUUGCCCCUAAAGACGAGGAAUCCCAGAAGAAGGCUAAGGAGGAUUUUCGCGGUACCUUUGAGAAAUCAUGCACUAGGAUAGAAAGCAUCAUAUCGUCUAACAAAUCAACGGAAGGUUGGGCUGUUGGCAAAAAGAUGUCGUUUGCAGACAUUAUGCUGUUUGAGGCUUUUGAAACUGGUCUUUCGAAAGAUGGAACUAUUUUAGACAAAUUUCCCAAAAUCAAGGCAUGUCGAGCCAAAGUUCAGACCAACAAGAAGAUGCGAGACUAUCUCAGUAAAAGAAAACCGUCUUCCAUCUAAUGUUUCAUGACUUAGUGAGAAUACAUGUAUGUGAUUAAAAAUGUAGCAUUAAUCAUUUUGUGAAAGAAAUUACAUGAGGUGUGUACUCUGAAUGGGCGACUUGUUUAAAAAAGCAACAUUUAAAAGUGAAUGAUAUAUAUGUAGUACGUACACGUUUUAACAAUUGAUUUAAAAAAACCCAUUUACAUGUAUUAUUCAAUGUUUUAUCAGUAAUAAACUAAUACU